UAUAUAUCUAUAUGCAUAUCUCUUUUCUCCUUCCUCUCUUUCCAUUCCAUUUUUUGUUAUAAUCACAAUUAUAGACUAUCUUCUCUUCUCUUCUGUUCAGCCCAACUACUUUCACCAACAUUAAUUACCCACUUUUCUUAAUAUGUGUUCUUAAUUUCCAAUAACAAUUAAUGAAAAAAAAUUACCAUCUUUGAUAAUAAAUUUCACUCUUUUUUUCUUCCUUUUAAUAAUCUCAUCACCUUUAUUGGAUUCAUAUUGCAUAAUAUCCAUCCUUUUUUUUUUUAUUUUCAAAUAAAAAAAUCACAUGUAUAUGAUACUAUACUAAUAACAUUAAGACCCUUUCUCUUCUCUUAUAGUCAUAGAAACCAAAAAGGCCUCAAUAUAAGCCGAAAUAACAGUAGUAAAUAUUUAAGUAAAACCUCUCUUCAUCUUCACUAUUCACUACUACAUAUAAUAAUAACCAUAUUAUAUAAUCAUAUAUCACUCAAAACAAACACCAACAACAACAACACUCUCUUCUUCAUCUUCUUUUUCUUCUAUGGAAAACAACAACAAUACUACUAAUCAUGAUGAUGAUGCUAAGAGAAGUAGUAAUAGUACAAGAAGUGAAGUGGUGGUGGUGAUGAACAAGGCAACAUACAUACCCUUAUUGGUAACAAAUUUUGUGUUUUUAUUUGUUGGUUCACUCUCAUCAAGCUUACUAUCAAAAUACUACUUCAUUCACAAUGGGAAAUCCAUAUGGGUUUCCACCUGGGUUCAGUGUGCCGGUUUCCCACUACUUCUAAUACCCAUUUUCCUUCCUUACUAUCUUUUCAACACCACAACAAGAAAGCCUUUCACUCGCUUCACCCCAAAUCUCCUCUUCCUCUCCCUCCUCAUCGGUCUCCUCCUCGGCCUCAACAACCUUCUCUUCUCUUACGGAAACUCGUUCCUCCCCGUCUCCACCUCGGCCUUACUCCUCUCAUCCCAACUCGCUUUCACCCUCGUCCUCUCCGUCCUCAUUGUCAAACAAAAAAUCACAUUCUCCAAUCUCAAUUGCGUCGUUUUGUUAGUCACGAGCUCAGUGCUGUUAGCACUGAGCUCGAGUCACGACAAGCCUGAAAGCACGACACGUUCGCAGUACUUUGCAGGAUUCUUCUGCACGGUUGGGGCGGGGCUCCUCUUCGCCCUGUACCUCCCCGUCAUGGAGAGAGUGUACCGAAAAGUGUAUUGUUACGCGAUGGUUAUGGAAAUGCAGCUCGUUAUGGAGCUGGCGGCAACCGCCUUGGCAACCGCGGGGAUGGCCGGGAAAGGUGGUUUCGAGGAUAUGGUAACGGAGAGCCGGGGCGGACCCGUUGAGGGGUUUGAUAAGGGAACGACGGCGUAUUGGUUAACGGUUGGGUUUAAUGUGGUGACGUGGCAACUCUGUUUUAUGGGAACGGCUGGGAUGGUUUUUCUGACGUCAUCAUUGACAGGUGGCAUUUGUAUGACGGCUUUGAUGACUAUGAAUGUGAUCGGAGGUGUGGUGGUUUACGGCGAUGAGUUCGGUGGGAGUAAGGCUGUCUCCGCCGUACUUAGUGUUUGGGGAUUUUGUUCUUAUGUUUAUGGAAUGUAUGUGAAGAUGAAACAACAACAACAACAAACCUUGAUUUCAUCGAAUCAUAAUUAUAACCAAGAAAGUCAACAAAAUGAAAAUCAAUCUAUGGAAAUGGUUGCAAGGUUGAAUGUGGAUCAAAGUGUUUAAUUAAUAAAUAAUAAUAUAUAAAUGGAGAAAAAGAAGAAGAGGAAUAGUACUAGUUUUAUAUAUUAAUUAAUUUUAUUUAUAAUGUUGAUAUAAAUUAUUAGAUUAAUUAUUGUGUGGUGGUGUUUGGUUA